AUGCCGUCUCCGCUGCCAGUGGGGCGCUUUCGCCCUCGCCUCUCCUCCCCGUGGUUUGACGCGGGCGGCUGCUCCCCGUGCAAGAGCAGCUCCCCCCCGGUGUCGGCCGCGUUUCGCUGCGCGUUCUCGCCCGCGCAAGACUUCUCUCCUCCUCCUGCUGCUGCUGCUGCUCACGACCACCGACCCGGCUCGGUCAAUCUCUCCGCCCUGAGCCUCCAGGGCCGUCUGGGCUCCGGGGCAUUCGGCCGCGUGUUCCGGGGCUGCUACUACGGGCGGCCCGUGGCCGUGAAGCUUCUGUCGCCGCGCGGCGCGUCCAGCCUCCACGCGGAGAUGAACGCCGCGGGUCUGCGCCACCCCAACAUCGCGCGUCUCCUGGCCGCGUCCCCGCGCACCUUGGUGCUGGAGCUGGCGGGUCCCCGCAGCCUGCAGGGGCUCCUCUACGACGAGGGCGACGCGCCCCCCGUGCCGUUCGCGACGCGCGUCGCGUACGCGCGCGACGUGGCCGAAGCGCUGCGCUUCCUGCACGGACGCGACAUCGCGCACCUCGACGUGAAGCCGGGCAACGUGGUGCUGGCCCCCGACGGCGAGCUCUGCAAGCUGUGCGACUUCGGCUGCUCGAGGCGUCUGAACGACGGCGGCGAGGUGCCGACGCGCACGGACGCGCCCGGCGGCGGCGGCACGUACACGCACCGCGCCCCCGAGCUGCUGAGCGGCGGCGUCGUGACGGCCGCGGCCGACGUCUACUCGCUGGCGGUGACCCUGUGGCAGCUGGCCACGCGGCAGGCGCCGUACCCGGGCGCGGAGCCGCACUGCGUCGUGUACGCGGUGGUCGCCCGCGGGGCUCGUCCCGUCUUCCCCGCGGGCUUCGGGGCGCGCGGCGGAGACGACCCCGAGGCGCGCGUCCGCGACCUCGUGGAGCGCGGAUGGGCGCCGCGGGCCGGGGGGCGACCCCGCGCCGGCAGCGUGGGGGUGGCGCUGGGCGAGAUCGUGACGGCCGCGCGAGGUGGUGGUGGUGGAGGAAGAGGAGGGGGUAACGGUCGUGUGCGGUGA